AACGUUUGACAGAGACUUAGUUCGUGUUUUGGCAUGCACCAUGGCACUUCUAGAGUCAGGUCAUUCAUACGUCUCGGUCGAAUUUGAAGUAUACGGAAAAGUACAAGGCGUUUACUUCACCAAAUAUUGCAGAGACCGAAGUGCUGAACUCGAUAUUGUUGGAUGGGUAAAAAACAGUAAAAGAGGUACUAUAAUGGGCAAAAUGCAAGGACCAAAAGCAAAUGUUGAAGAAAUGAUCGCAUGGUUGUCAAACGAAGGAAGUCCUGGAAGUAAAAUUGAGCGAUGUGAUCUAAUGAACUUUGAAUAUUUGGCGAGGAAGGAGUUCAAUGGAUUUAGUAUAAGAUUUUAAACAUCUUUAGAAAGUAAUAUUUUAUUAAUGCAGGUAUUGUAAAAUACAGGARAGAUAUAAAAACACUAAAAUAUUGGUGUAAAAAAAAGACAUGCACAUAUUGUUAAAAUUUUUAUACAUAAUUUAUUAUUUU